UCACUUUCUUUAAAUUCAUUAUACCUUUGCAAACACCAGACUAGUAAUUAAAGAUUAGUUUAUAAUUAUAAUAAGGAACAAAAUAAUUGCGUAACAAAAAAUUCGUGAGACGAAAAUUGGCACUGUUGUCUUUCAGCCAAUGUUUACGCAUGCAAAACAAAUUUUUUUUACUUCGUUGUCUGUCUGAGUGCUUGUCAGUUCAUAUCAGCAGGUAAUCAGCAGUAAUCGAUCACUUCAGUACCUGUUCUACCUAUUUGGUGUCUUGUUUCACCUUUUUCUUGUCGAAAAGAACAUGGAUCAAAAACAAAAAGUAGUUUUAGCUGUCGGAAUAGGAGCAGCAGCCCUCCUAGGCGCUGCUGCUGCCUACAAACUCUACAAAAAAUCCAACCAGAUGAAAACUUCCAAGCAAUUAGUUAAGGGGUGGAAGGCGUGUGGCGUGGUGAGUCAACUACACAUUUUCCCCAUUAAAUCAUGUCAUGGCAUUGAAGUGGAGGAGGCUGAUGCUCAGAAGAUGGGGCUUGUCAGUGGAGAACUUCAAGACAGGUCUUUUAUGGUGUACAAUGAAAGCAACAACUUUUUGCAUGCUCGACUUCACCCAACAAUGGUGUUGAUCAAAAUAUCUGUUUCUGACAACAAAGUAGAAUUGACAGCACCCAACUCUGGACCAAUUACUUUUUCAAUUCCAUCUCAAUCUGAAACAGAGAAACAAGUUAAAGUGAGAGUUUGGGGAGAUGAAGUAACUGCUUUUGAUUGUGGUGAUCAAGUGUCUCAGUGGCUAUCACAGUAUAUUUUCCAACAAGAUACUGGUGCCAGACUGGCCCAUUUGUCCUACCCUGAAAUAUCUCCUCGCGUGGUUAAGUCGAAGUUGGGCCACCCCUGGAUGAAACCAAAAGACGGGGGAGUAUUCUCCGACACAACCCCGUUUCAUUUGCUAUCCGUCGAGUCGGCAAAUGAUUUGAAUUCUCGAGUGGAUGGACUGGAAAUUUCAGCUUCAUAUUUUCGUCCAACCAUCACCAUCAGCGGAUGUCAGCGUCCGUACGAAGAGGACGAUUGGAGAUUUGUUCGUAUCGGCGAACAAGCUAUCUUCCGCUACGUCAAGGGAUGCGACCGAUGUGUAUUAACUACGAUUGAUCCAGCGACUGGAAUUAAGGACCCUGACCUGGAACCUCUACGAACUCUUCGAAAAUACCGUCUAGCAGAGGAUCCGGUGUUGCGUAGAGCCAUUGGCGAGUCUCCUCUCUUGGGAAUCAAUUUAUCCCUGGAACAAUCCGGACGGAUCCGUAUAGGUGAUGUUGUCUACGUCGGCCAACUUUGAAGCUGGCCUAAAGCUAUUUGUUCCAUUUUAUUUUGUUACUGGUUGAAAUUAAAAGUUUAUUCGGGAA